AUGCCCAUACUUUAUUGUUCCUAUCGUUCAGUGGCUGUUUUUGUAGUGGAUGAUGUGCUAGUAGCUGCUUUAACUAAAUGUGAUCACUGUUGUGAGCUGACCUCACGUAUCCUACCUCUGCAUUCACAAUUUGCUAUACAACGAGAAAGGCUAGUACAAACGCUCACUACUUUGUUUAGUGCUCUCCAAGAACCUGUUGAUCUGAUGCUUAGCAAUGUGAAAAAUGUCCCAGAAAUGGUUGAAUGGAAGUCUCUAACGAUGCUCAGUAAACUUUUGAAAGAGAGGUUACAAGCGAUUAUGGCUAUUGCUGAUGAACAUGUAGGUGUUCUCGCUCCGGAAGACAUGAAAGGACGCAAAAAGAAUGUUCGCAAGGAUGAGGUGAUCUACGUGAAGUACGUGCGAGCUCGUGAAGCUCUUCAAAGUCGAGUGUUGUUGAUGUCAGAUGCUUUGAAGGAAGAUAGGCUAAACUUCCAAAUAAAGGUUAUUAUCUAG